GUGGUUUUUCUCCCACUUCCUUGCUCGGUCUUCUGCCGCUUCCUUAUUCAAGCCGGCCUCAGCUCCCGUUGGAGCCCUUCAAGAGGGCUCAACCUGAGGAUGAAGCCUCACCCAGCAAGUCCUGUUUUCAGAUUCCUAUUUCACAAAUGCCACAAGUCCCCCCGGAGAGACCCUCUCCCAUCCCUUGCUAAAAGAAGGGCUCUUUGGAUGGAGCUGAAAAUCCUUUGGCAGGGCUGCGCAUGGUGGGAGAUCGUCGCACCUGCGAGGACCUUCCAUGCCAGCCCCAGGGCUUUGGGGAUGCUUUGGGACCCCGGCCCCUUGCAGGAAUAUUUACAGACGUUGAAGCGGGAAUACGAACGGAUCGAUACGCUGCUGAGCACCUGCGCCGUGAACGAAUUUCGGAGGAGGGACCUCACUGAACGGCGGGCUGAGUUGUCCCCCUUUGUGGCGACAUUUCAAGAAAUUCGAGAGGCUGAAAAACAAAUUCAGGAACUGGAAAAAAUGUGUACAGAGCUAACUAAAUCAGAGGAGAAAUCUCUGCUAGAACUUGCUAUGGAGGAGAAGGAAAGCACGAACCAGAAGAUUAAAGGACUCUAUCUAGAGCUCUGCGAGAAGAUGACGCCGAGGGACAAAUAUGACAAAAACGAUGUCCUUUUAGAAGUCACAGCGGGCAGGACGACGGGAGGUGAUAUUUGCCAGCAAUUUACGAGAGAAGUUUUCGACAUGUACCAGAAUUACGCCGGAUACAAAGGCUGGACUUUUGAAAUCACCAAGUACUGCCGAGCUGAUUAUGGGGGUCUCCACCAUGCAGCCGCCCGCAUUUUGGGAAACCAGGUCUACAGACAGUUGAAGUUUGAAGGAGGGACCCACCGGGUGCAACGCAUCCCCCAGACCGGCUUGUCGUCCAGAAUGCAGCGGAUCCACACCGGCACCAUGACGGUCAUUGUCCUCCCUCUGUCCGAGGAGGUACAGAUAAAAAUCAGCCCCAGCGAUUUACGGAUUGAUACAUUUCGAGCCAAAGGUGCCGGAGGACAGCACGUUAAUAAAACAGACAGCGCUGUUCGAGUUGUGCACAUCCCUACAGGGAUCGUGGUGGAAUGUCAGCAGGCCCGGUCUCAGCUAAUGAAUAAAGAAACAGCCCUGCAGACUCUGAGAGAAAAGCUCUACUUUCAGACUGUGAUGAAGGAAAUAAACGAACAACAAAGUACGAGAAAGCUGCAGUUAGGGACAAGAUCCCAGUCAGAGAGAAUUCGCACGUAUAACUUCAAUCAAGAUCGGGUCACUGACCAUCGGAUUUCCUACGACGUCCGUGAUAUCAAGGAAUUUUUAAAUGGUAAGGAACAUCUGGAUAAUCUAAUCAGCAGCUUGUUGGAGACUUCACAGAUGAAACUGCUGGCUGAGCAGCUGGAAAACAAUUUGAAAUCUCUGUCAGCGGGCUCCUGACGAUGAAUGAACUGAAAAAAAAAAGGCCUUUUAUUCUGUAUUUGUAAAAUUAAAGAGAACCAUGUAAGAAACACCGAUCCCUUUGUUUAAUUUCUGAUUUCACAAUCAUUUUCCAAAGGAAUAAUCUACAUUUUUCUCCCCCCGCUGUCUACAAAAUGUGUACAGAACUUCACAAAGCAGCAAAUUCAUUAGUGUCUAGUGUUCUGACUGGUUUACGAGAGUGGGAGGAGAGAGCACAAAUAGAUUUAACAGCAAAUUAAAUAAGAACCAAAUCGAUAAGCUUUUGAAGACUGCCGAUGAAUGGAACUCACACGGGGACUCCAACCUGUAACUGAAAGCUCACCAAGUCGAUGCCCUCAUGAAAUUUAUACCAUUGAUUAUUGUUGCAAAAAGUUUGGUUCACUCGCAAUUAAAAAAAAAAAAAA